GGUGUGUGCGGCAGGUGGUCGCGGCCUCGGGCCUCAGGCUGAGGACGGUGCGGCCUCGUUGUGGGCUGUGGGCCGUCGGCCGCCGCGAUGGACCUGAAGCCGUUUGAGCGGCACCUGGCGUCGGUGAGCUCGGAGUUCGGCGGCAGUGAGUCAGGGGGCCCCGGCCCAGCCCCAGGCCCCGGCCCAGGCCCCGGGGAGGCGCUGCUGAGUGAGGCCGGGGCCGAGGUUCACUACAUCCCGGUGAAGGUCCUGGGCAGAGGGGCGUUCGGGGAGGCCACCCUGUACCGGAGGACGGAGGAUAACUCCCUGGUGGUUUGGAAAGAGAUUGACCUUGCUCGGCUCUCAGAGAAGGAGCGACGAGACACACAGAACGAGAUUCUCAUCCUGUCGGUGUUGCAGCAUCACAACAUCAUCGCCUACUACAACCAUUUCCUGGAUGAAAACAAACUCCUGAUUGAGGUGGAGUACUGCAAUGGGGGCAACUUAUAUGAUAAGAUCCUGCAGCAGAGUGGGAAACUAUUUCCUGAGGAGACGGUGGUGUGGUAUUUGUACCAAAUCGUGUCAGCGGUGGCACACAUUCACAGCUAUGGAAUUCUACACAGGGAUAUAAAGACACUGAACAUCUUCCUGACAAAGUCGGACCUGAUCAAGCUGGGUGACUAUGGACUGGCGAAACAGCUAAACUCCCUUCACUCAAUGGCAGAGACUUGUGUCGGGACUCCAUAUUACAUGUCACCGGAACUUUGCCAAGGGGAGAAGUAUAAUUUCAAAUCGGAUAUCUGGGCAGUCGGCUGUGUGCUGUUCGAACUACUGACCCUCACACGCACCUUUGAUGCAACGAAUCCGCUGAAUCUUUGUGUGAAGAUAGUGAAGGGAACGCGUACAAUGGAUGUGGAUCCCACUGUAUACAGUGAGGCCAUGCGCUCUCUAGUCUUGGAGUGUUUGGACCAGGAUCCAGGGAAGAGACCGACAGCCAAUGACAUCCUGAACCAGCCAAUCAUCGACAGCCAGCGCUUGUCAAUGGAGGACAGAGUUACUCAAUUGAAUGGAUCAGCACGUAAAACCAGAUUGAAUACACCUACGGACCCUCCCAUUGCAGUGGUGACUAGUCAGUUCAGCGAUGUUUACUACUGGGGCGGUGGAAAAGCCACGCCACAGAAACUGGACCUAUUCAAGGGUGGACGCAGUGCACAGCAGGUCUGUGCCAGCAACACACAUUUCGCUGUGAUAUCAGUGGAAAAGGAGCUAUACACCUGGGCGAAUGUUCAGGGCGGGACAAAGAUGGUGGGCCAACUGGGCCAUGGUGACCGGGCCUCCUAUCGUCAACCCAAGUGGGUGGAGAAGCUGCAGGGGAAGGCCAUCCACCAGGCAGCCUGUGGGGAUGAAUUUACUGCCUGUGUUACCGAUGAGGGUCACCUGUAUACAUUUGGCUCUGAUUAUUAUGGCUGCAUCGGCUGUGAUGGUCAGUAUGGACACGAGGUACUGGAGCCUGUGCUGGUGGAGUUCUCCCUCGAUCAUGCUGUUGAACACGUAUCCUGUGGUGAUAAUCAUGUUGUUGCAUUAACACGCAAUAAAGAGGUGUUCUCGUGGGGCUGCGGAGAGCAUGGGCGCCUUGGGCUGGAUUCAGAGGAGGAUUACAAAUACCCAGAACGCGUUGAUCUGCCCAUGAGCCUGAGUAUUGUGUCAGUGCAGUGUGGCUCUGAUGGGACUUUCUUCAUGACCCAGAGUGGCAAGGUGCUGGCCUGUGGUAACAACGAGUACAAUAAACUGGGCCUGAACCACUACAUGCGCGGUCUUCGCAAACACCCAAUCAAAGCUGAUCAGGAAGUUCCCUACAUGACCUCACUAACUCUGUCCAAGCAGCUGGCCAUUUACAAAAUCAAAACCAUUUCUGCUGGCAAGACCCACACAGCAGCUAUUGACGAGCGAGGCCGCCUGCUAACAUUUGGCUGCAAUAAGUAUGGACAACUUGGAGUGGGAGACUACAAGAAGAGAGAUGGUAUCAAUGUGUUGGUUGGUGCGCUUGGAGGGAAACAAGUGACUAAAGUGUCGUGUGGAGAUGGAUUCACCAUUGCAUCUACUGAUGAUAACCAUAUCUUUGCCUGGGGAAAUGGUGGGAAUGGCCGCCUUGGAAUGACCGCUACAGAGAAAGGCUUUGGUUCUGAAAUUUGCAGUUCUUGGCCUCGGCCUAUUUUUGGCUCCCUUCACAAAGUCUCGGAUCUGUCUUGCCACGGUUGGCACACUAUCCUCAUUGCCGAAAUUGUGGGUGCAUCGAAAACCAUUCGCUCGAACAGCAGUGGCCUGUCUAUAGGAGCUGUUCCACAGGGCUCAACACUUGAGGAUGACUUCAGGAAUGAACAGGAGGAUGAUGGGCAAAACGGGAUGAAAAGAACAGCAGAGGACAGGCGAGGAAUUGGAAUGUUCAACCCCCUCAAGUCUACAAGUAAUCUGACUGAGAGCUCCUGUCCCGAGUGGCUCUUACAGGAGUUAGAAAAUGCUGAGUUUAUCCCAAUUCCAGCAAGUCCUAGAGACACAGCCAAGCUGCUAACAUAUUCCUGUCAAGAAACUCUUCCAUAUGAGAAGCUGAAAGAAAUGACGACUGCAGGAAAUCUGCCAGGUGAAUCAGACAAAAGCAAGCUUCCUGUGGCAAGAAGUCCUGUUUCAGAGGCUUGUUCCCCCUGUGUGACCCCCCCCUGCCUGUGUAAGGACCUGGAGGGUGAGUUGGGGAGUGUGCAGCAGAUGCUGAAGCAGUGUUUCAGUCAACAACAAAGUGAACAGCGAGAGCGGGAGAAACUUUGUGCUGAGAUCCAGAGACUGAGCAAGGAAGUUGAAGCAGUGUUUCAGUUACAAGAAAACCUCACAAAGAAACAGAAAACUAUUGACCAUCUGGAAAAGCAGUUGCAACUUCAGCUGGAGGAGAAUCACAGGCUGUGGUCUGCCAUUGAAGAGUUGAAAACCCGAAGAUUGGACAGUGAUGGGAAAGAGAUGUCAGAUUCGGCCAUUCUGAGGGUGAAUCCCACAGUUAUUUCUGCAUCUGGUCUGCAAUCUGCAAGUUCAGACAAGGACUCAAAGCUGGGAGCAGAUUCCAGUUUGGACACUAGUCCUACAGCCACCUCUCCUUCUGGUACUUUCUGUCAGAUUGAGUAGAGUUUGAAUGGCUGUGCCAUUGAGCACUCACAGCUUUCAUCCACUCCCCCUGGGCUCCAUUUAACUGGAAAACUGGCAUGAGCCUUUUGCACCUGCCAGUGUCAGGGAACUUGUGCUGUGUUCCUGCCCCACGCAGAAACUACAGAAAGCAUUGGGUAAAUUAUAGGAAUGGUGUUACUUCAAGGUAACAGUGCUCUGAGGAUUGAAGUAUUUAACACCCAUUGGUUGAAGCAGUUUGACAGUGUGAUUAUAUACGUUGGUAUUGAGAGAAACCAGCAGGGCUGUUGAAACACAUUUGCCUGUUUACUCCAAGUUGCGUACAAGGUGAGAUUGCUUAAGUGUAUAUCUUUGUAAGAAAUGGUCCAUGCCCAUUUGAUUUUAGAUGCUGGGAAUGGAUCAGUUUGUAACUUCCAGUGCCUUAAAGUAGUAGAAUUUAGCCCAGUCCACGAUACGAUUUAGUGCCUUAUAUCCAAACAGUGUUUAUGAACAUUUUGCACAGAAGUCAUAUCUACAGAGCCUUUGAGUGUAACAAUGAUGAGAGUGAAUGCCUCACAGUAACCCCACCGUGAACUCUCCGGAUCUCUUCAUUAACUGCAGGGCAGAGGUAGGAAAGGGUCGUGUGUCUCAGCUGCAGGUUCUGAGGCAGGAGUUGUAUUUACUGAGCUGCAAGAAGAAAGAACAAAGCAUAAGGCCUAAUAUAAAGAGAAGCUUGUGGAGAGUUUCAGCAAUGCAGUUGAAUUGUGGAAUGGAAGGGUCGAUGUUUAAGAUAUGCUGGGUGUGUCCCUGGCACUGACUGGCAUCCCACCUCAAUCCGUGUUACUGGGUUAGUUUUCCCCAGUGCAGAGGGGAUUUGCUGAGUGGAGAGGGAAUACUGGCAGAGCACCACUGCCUGAAAUGUAUCGAGUAGAAAUCCUCUCUCCAUGGAGAUCUCGCACAGACCAGGUUGAUUUCACUCCUGAAUAUGUAGACUCAUGGGAUCUAGAAAACUGUCAAGAUUAGAGUGUUGCUGUAAAUGCACAGCAGGUCAGGCAGCAUCCGAGGAGCAGGAAAGUCAACGUUUCGGGCAGGAGCCCUUCAUCAGGAAUCUGAAGGAUCGAGGAAACAGUUGAAGUGAAUUUCUUGGAUUUGAUACUAAGUCAGCAGGCAGGCAGUAUCCAUGGAGCAGAGUUAUCAUUUCAUAUCCAAUAUGACCCUGUACCAUAUUGAACUUGAAGGAUUAACUCUGCUUUCUGUUUUCAGAGAUACUGCCAGUCUUGCUGAGUUUCCCUAGCAAUUUCUGGUUUUGUUGGUUUGUUUCAAGUCUCCAGCAUCCAUGAUUCUUUAUUUUACUCCGGGAUUUGAAGUUGCUGUGUAUUGGAGCUUCCUGGUGCCAUGAUCCAGGGUUUGAGUCAAGUUCUAGGAUUCUAAUAGAGCCAUAUCCUUAUAUAACCUCCAGCUGUAUACACAUGCCUAAACGGACAUUGGUGGGCAUGCUGGAUUAGAAUCACCAUUAUGGGUUCUUAGGUUCAGCAGCGAAUUACAAGUUAGAUAUUGAUGAGUCUGUAAGAAGAACAAAUAGAAAAGGUUUGAUGUAUUGGAAUUCUGUAUGUUGGCAGUGAGUGGGAGGACGUUUGCAGCAUUGGGAGUGAAUGAGAGGCAGUUUCAUGUAUUUGGAGUGAGUGGGAAGAGGUUUGGUUCUUGGGGAGUGAGUGGGAAGAGGUUUGGUUCAUGGGGAGUGAAUGGGAAGAGAUUUGGUUCAUGGGGAGUGAGUGGGAAGAGAUUUGGUUCAUGGGGAGUGAGUGGGAAGAGGUUUGGUUCUUGGGGAGUGAAUGGGAAGAGGUUUGGUUCAUGGGGAGUGAGUGGGAAGAGGUUUGGUUCUUGGGGAGUGAAUGGGAAGAGGUUUGGUUCAUGGGGAGUGAGUGGGAAGAGAUUUGGUUCAUGGGGAGUGAGUGGGAAGAGAUUUGGUUCAUGGGGAGUGAGUGGGAAGAGGUUUGGUUCUUGGGGAGUGAAUGGGAAGAGGUUUGGUUCAUGGGGAGUGAGUGGGAAGAGGUUUGGUUCUUGGGGAGUGAAUGGGAAGAGGUUUGGUUCUUGGGGAGUGAAUGGGAAGAGGUUUGGUUCUUGGGGAGUGAAUGGGAAGAGAUUUGGUUCAUGGGGAGUGCAUGGGAAGAGGUUUGGUUCAUGGGGAGUGAAUGGGAAGAGGUUUGGUUCAUGGGGAGUGCAUGGGAAGAGGUUUGGUUCAUGGGGAGUGAGUGGGAAAAGGUUUGGUUCAUGGGGAGUGAAUGGGAAGAGAUUUGGUUCAUCGAGAGUGAGUGGGAAGAGGUUUGGUUCAUGGGGAGUGAAUGGGAAAAGGUUUGAUUCAGUGGGAAUUCUAUCAUUUGAACGAGGUUUGCAUUCAGUGAUUUCCAAUGUGUAUCGGUUAUUAGUUGGUCUGUGGUGUAAUCUGUAAUCCAGAUUAAUUGCGAGAUUUCAGAGCUUUACUUCAGGUCAACUCCCUGUUCACUCUGUUCCCAGGGAUUGAGUGUGAGCAUACUGUGUUCAAGAGAUUAUAUUUUCCCUGAUGAAUGAAUAUGCUGUCAGGACUGUGAGAUUGAGGGAAAGCUGAGCAGGAAGUGUUAGGGCUGUGCAAGCGAUGCUGGAACAGUAGGGAUGGAGGUAAUAUUUAGGAGAGGAUAGGUAUGAGUUGGAAGGGGAAGUGUUCAGGGAUUUUACAAGUUAGAGGUAUCGACUGCGCAGUGGGUGUUUUGGGGACCAUGCAGGAGUUAUUGAGGGUUAAUGAGGGAGGAUCAUUUUUGAGAGUGGGGUUUGGGGGUGGUUUAGGGCUGAUCUGGAGUAUAUUUAUGAUGAGAUGUGUUUGAAACCUGAUUUCUGUUUCUGAGGGGUUUUGGUCACAUACCCUUGGUUAUGAAUUGUCUUUGACCCUCAAAGUACCUGAGCCCUGAAUUCUCUCAGGCAAUCAGUUUAAUUUUUUGUAACUCAGCUCUUUAUGCAUUUUUCAGCUCCGCAAUAGUGCUUCCCACAGGAUUCCCUGCAAAAAGCAUCCUGGGUGUGGCUUAUUAUUUGAAUUGCAAUGUUUAUGAAGUUACUUACACUUUCCCCCUGUGUUUUACAUUAGCUCAGCUCCUCUCUGCUUCUGUUUAUUGCUUCUGACCACAACAGAUCUGGUUUACAAAGUCUCUAAACGCUAAAUCAUGUCUGAAAACACUAAUUUUAUAUGCUUAAAAUCAUUUAGAAUAAAGGUGUAAUCACAAUAAAGUACUUUGGAUCUUG